GCCGCUACCAGUUCUAGCAAAUCCCCAAGGGGGCGGUGGAGCACUGCGGUGCGUCAGGUCUGAGAGCUAUGCAUCGCUAGCCCCGCGGUAUCCACUGAAGGAAGUUAGAAACUUCUGUGCCUUUGAGACCCAGACCCAUUGCCCAUUGCGCGUUCUGCACCGCGUGAGGUGACUUUUCCGUCCCGGCUGUCCGCCUCCACUUGGGUGCAUCGAGGUGGGUGAUUCGACGCCCGCUAAGCCAAGAAACCGACGGGACGUUUUCCACAUCUCUCCCGGGUUUUGGAGGCGUGUAGAACUCACGGCAUCCACCAGAUUAACCUGCGAGCGCCAGGAGCCGCUCCGAGAGGAGCCUGCAUCCCGGCGUCCGCAGGGACCCAGAGGACUCGGCCGCUCCGGCCGGCGCCUGCGUCUCUAUGGUGCGGCCGAGGGGCGGAGCGCCGUUGGCUCGCCCGCAGACUGCGAAGCGAGCUGGGACACCAGGGAUGAAGACAAGAAUAGGCUGUUGGUCCCCGAUGACUGUUGCUGUAUACUGACACAGUUUAUGAUGGCCUCCAAAGUUGAAAAGACUCAGGCUUUACCACAGUGUUUCAGCGCCGAGUCUCUCAUCUCCAGCCUCGGCCUGGGCAUCUUUUGCCUAGUAGCUGACAGACUUCUCCGGUUUUCCGUAAUUCACCAAAACGAUUGGCUUCGCGCCCUCUCAGAUAACAUAGUACAUGGUGUGAUUGGCAUGUGGUCAUGGGCAGUCGUCACUGGAAUCAAGAAGAAGGCUGACUUUGGAGAGGUUCUUUUAGCUGGGUUUUUAGCCUCUGUUAUUGAUAUCGACCAUUUUUUUCUCGCUAGAUCCCUAUCUUUAAAGGCCGCUUUGACACUUCCGAGAAGACCUUUCCUCCACUGCUCCACCGUGAUACCCGUGGCAGUUGUGAGCCUGAAGCUGGCCAUGCACCUUUUCAGGUUCCGGGACUCGUGGUGCUUCCUCCCGUGGAUGCUGUUCAUUUCCUGGGCUUCGCACCAUAUCCGAGAUGGAAUUCGUCACGGCCUGUGGAUAUGCCCAUUUGGAAAAACUUCUCCUUUGCCCUUCUGGCUUUAUGUGACAACCACAUUAUCCUUACCACAUCUGUGUUCAUUCCUUAUGUAUUUAACAGGGACCAGACAAACGAUAUCUUCAAAACAUGGGAUGCGUGUUGAUAUCUGAGAUGACCAUAUGCCUUUAAGGAAAGGCAAUAGCUCAGAUGACGAUAAUGAAAGACAGCAAGUGUUCAACUGAAAUUUUGCUUUUGUUUUUGAGACCGGGUUUCUCUGUACAGCCCCAGCUGUCUUGGAACUCCCUCUGUAGACCAGGCCAGCCUCAAAUUCAGAGAUC